CAACGACCAGUGAUGGACAUGGUGUGGACCACAGUGUGAACAACAGCCAACAACAGCUGUAUGAACGACAACUGUGGGUGUUAACAAAAUUUUAAAUCUGACAGACUAAAUUAAUUUAUACGCCGAACCAUUGUCCGAAUGUCUGGUUAUACGGGAGCAGAAAAUUAUUGGGGCCAGUCGCCCCAAGGACAAUAUAAUUUCGAUUCCUCCGGUUUCGGGCAACCCAACCAACAAUUCGAAUUUCAAACAUUUAGCGACCAACAAUCCGGAGAUUAUUCCUCUUACAAGCAAAAAGGAUAUCUCGACCCGACUCAAAGUCCAUUUAGCGGCGAUCUCUAUCCUCAGGAUAAUUUUACAAAAGGCACUGCGGGAUUUGUCGACGAAGAAGAUGAACCUCCCCUCCUAGAAGAACUAGGCAUAGAUCCAGAUAGAAUUUUACAGAAAACAUUGGCUGUAUUGAAUCCAUUUCAUAGGAGGGCACAGAUAGAUGAUGCAAAUUAUUUACUUCAGGAUUCUGAUUUAGCUGGCCCAGUAGCAUUUUGUUUGAUGCUAGCUGGGUGCCUUCUAUUAGCUGGUUCUAAAGCACAUUUCAGUUAUGUUUAUGGCUUAGCAGUAACAUCGUGUAUAUUGAUGUACAUUCUUCUCUCCUUGAUGAGCACUUCCAAUAAUAUCACACUAUCCUCUGUAGCAUCUGUACUAGGCUACUGUUUGAUACCCGUUGUAGCCCUUGCUGGUUUCAGUAUCUUUUCUACUUUGAAAGGCUCGAUCGGUUUGAUUUUUGCCAUGUUUACCGUAGCUUGGUCGACACUUUCUGCAUCCAGACUGUUUACCACUAUGUCUGGAGAAGAAAAUCAGCGCCUACUUAUCGCCUAUCCUUGUGCUCUUCUUUACGGUGUCUUUGCAUUAAUAGUAAUAUUCUAAUGACAUCUUUAUAUUACCAAAGAUAUGCAGGUGUAACGAGCCUUUUAUUUGUUAAACGUUUGCUACAAGAUCAUGGAUGAAUUUAUACAUUAAGAUGAUGUAAAUUGUACAUUAAUUUUUAAAUGUAUCGAUAUGAUUUUUCCACUAUUUUAUAAGUUAUAAAUAAAUCUUUUUGAAAACUA